ACCCCUCUCUCUCUCUUUGAAAGGAGGCAGGUUCUCCGCGUCGCGCUCUUUCGUCUCGUCUCUUUCCUCCUCCCUCCGUCCUCGUGUGCUGAUGAGUACGAGACGCUUAGCAUCUUCUCCUCCUCCGCCGCCGCUUCCGGAAACGCGCUUCGCCCCGAAGAAGGCGAUUCGCGCGAUGAGCCUGAGCGAGUUCGUCGCCCACCAAACCGCGUUCGCCCUGCGCCUCGCGCAGCGCGUGGCCGCCGCCGAGUCGAAGAAGGGCGCCAACUUCGCGUUCUCGCCGCUCUCCCUGCACGCGCUCCUCAGCCUCGCCGCGGCGGGGACGCGAGGCCCCGCCCUCGACGAGCUCCUCGCCGUGCUCUGCCCCGGCGCCACCGCUGACGACGUCGCCACCCUCGCCGCCCGCGUCGUCGGCCGCGUCCUAGCCGACGCCUCCGCCGGCGGUGGGCCCCGCGUCUCCUUCGCGAACGGGGUGUGGGUCGACGCCUCCCUCUCCCUCCAGGCCGCGUUCGCGGAGAUCGCCGCCUCCGCUUACAAGGCGGAGAUCCAAUCCGUCGAUUUCCAAACCAAGGCUGAUGAAAUUACUGAUCAAAUUAACUCAUGGAUUAGUUCGGCAACAAAUGGUCUUACAAAGAGUAUGAUUUCCGGUAGAGCUAUCAACCAAUUCACUAGGGUGGUGCUCGGUAAUGCUAUUUACUUUAAAGGGGCUUGGGCUGAUAGAUUCGACGCAUCAGGAACGGAAGACGGUGAGUUCCACUUGCUCAACGGAAAUUCUGUGCUAGUGCCCUUCAUGACGAAUCCGGAAAUGCAGUUCAUGUCUUCAUUCGAUGACUUCAAAGUGCUCAGGCUUCCGUAUAGAAAACGGAAUGAUAGGAGACAAAGGCUUCCAUAUAGAAAAGGGAAUGAUAGGAGACAAUUUUCCAUGUAUAUUUUCUUGCCCGACGAUCGAGAUGGGCUAUGGAGUUUAAUUGAUAAGUUGAGUUCCGAUCCCGAGUUCCUAAACCGCCAUCUCCCGAAGCGGGAGGUCAAAUUGGGAGAGUUGAAGAUCCCCAAAUUCAAAAUAUCUUGCGGGUUGGAUGCACCUCGAGUUCUAAAAGAGAUGGGAGUACAUUUGCUCUUCUGUGGGGACGGGGGCCUGACUGAAAUAGCCGAUUCACCCAUCGCCCGAACAUUGAUUUUGCACAAAUCUUUCAUCGAAGUUAAUGAGGAAGGAACCGAAGCAGCCGCCGCUUCUUUCAUGAUGCUUGAGGGUUGUUGCAGGGCGCCUCGUCCUCCUCCGGACUUCGUUGCUGAUCACCCGUUCUUUUUCUUGAUCAGGGAGGACACAACCGAAGCGGUGUUAUUCAUGGGCCACGUGCUCGAUCCCUCUGUGGCCGCGUAAAUAAUGAAUCCGUUCUAAGGCAUUUGGUAGUUUCUUCCAUCUUUUUUUUUUUCUCCCCUAAAUCAACUCUUUCGAGUCCAAAGAAAAUGCAUGCGGGGCGCCAUGAGUGCAACUUUAUAGGUGUGUUUUUACAGUCGUUUGUGAGUGGUAAGGAAUAUUUCUUUUUGGUGCUGCUGAGGUUACUGUUUUGAUUGUUAUUAGAGCGACGUUUAGUUAUCCAAA